GAUACGCAGGGCGCAACAUACUGGGAGGAACAUUUGCUGUCUGUAGACAUAAGUUACUCUAUGUAUAUGUACCCUAAAGUGCAUGAUUUUCUGUAAAUGGGCACUGCCAUUAAGUGUUUAUCGGAAGGCGUAAUCUAAUGUUUAUGAAGUGAAGCAUUCGAAACAGAAAUGUUUUGAAAUCGUCUUGUGGUUGAUAAAGUAAAGUGAAGGCGCUACGAGGAUGAAUGUGUCUAUGCAUAUGGCACUAGCAAUUUGGAAUAAAAAGUCGACAGAAAAGUGUUAAAUGUGAGCACGUCAAGUCAGAAUUCUUGCGGAAUUUAACUGUGUCUCUUAAUACUUUCUGCAAACAUGGCAUCAGGCGGCACAGCACCGGAAACGAAAACGAAAAGAGCUGCCAGAAUUUACGACCUGCCGGACGAGAUCUUACUGGAAAUCUUUUCUUACCUGUCACCGGACGACAUGGCGCGGAGCACGCAGGUGUGCGUGAAGUGGCACGGCAUACUGAAACAGGAGGAGCAGCUGUGGAGGCGUAAGGUGUGGAGCAGCAACAGCGUGGACGCGAUGCAAGAGUUCCUCGCGGCCGGCAGCGGCAUUCCCCGCCUACGGACCCUCCGGCUACUCUACGACAGCGAAUACAGGAUCCGCGUCGCCUGGCCCGAAGUGACGCUCCACCUGUGUGUCGCCACUCCCUUCCUGCUGGAGCCGUACUUGCGUUCCUUCAACACCGAAAGUCUGGUGGUGAGCGGCGACCCGGAUGACCGCGGAGAGUAGUUCGGAGUACCCGAACGAGAUCCGCGUCGCCGAGCGGCACCUCGAGUACCGCCGGCCCCGUCGGGGGCCGUUUCCCCCCGCCGACCCCGACGGCGCGCCCCGCAGCUUCCCGGUACCGAACUAUGGCCGUGCCGCGACGGCGAACUGUGCGGAGCCACGCCGCCGUGACGGCGGCUCGAGUUUCGAGGGCGAGCGUCUCGGAGACGGAGAGGUCGGGAGCCUCGGAGGUGGACACCGACGGCGGCACGGUGCGCCCGGCACCGGAGGUGCACUGCGAAAUGCUACGGCGGCAGUCGUUGGUUGAGCCGUGCGGCACGGCCCGCCGAGUGUCUCGCACGUCGAGAGCCGCGGGCUGCGCGACCGUCGGGUGCCGUGCGGCCUCGGCUCCCACCCGGAGGAGUCGGCCGUGGCCGACUGCGGUGCCGGGUCUGGAGCUGUGCGGGACCGUCACUGUGGGCACUCCGUCUGGGCGAGUGGCAGCUGCGGGAGUCGGCGACGGGGGACCUUACGGCAGACCUGCCCCACCUUCGCACACUUUCGCUCGACAGGCGAAAGCUACUCUUGUCUAGUUGACAACUUCCCGCUGUGCUCCCGUUCCUUCCCUCAGAGCUCUGCUCCUAAAAUGUAGCUAACAGUAAUUAAUUGAAUACGUUUUUAGCGUCAUACUGUUCCAAAUUUGUGAUGACCCUUUUGCUGUGUAAGAUUACAAUGUUAGAUCUCUCAAAAUUGAUGUUUGUGCUUUUUGCAAUAUUUAUAAAGUAGUAUUUGUGCUGCUUCCAUCCCUCAAAAGGCAUUCCAUAUUUUAAAAUAGAUUCAGAGUAGGCCUAGUUGUGGUAAUCAAUUUUUAUGAUGUCGAUCUGAAUGCUAUAUGUGCAGUUCGGUCCCCUCUACUGGAAGCUGCAUAUAAUUUUCCAAUACUAAUAGAUGUAAUAAUUGUAGUUUAUUAAGAACAACUAAAGUUAGCAUUCAUCACUAGUCUUAGAAUGUAAGAAAAAGUAAAAAGUUCAGUGGAGAUGGUACAUGUGCUGCUUGUGGCUUUUACUCUGCAAGCAAUUGUGGAAUUAGUUGUGAUGGAAAUAAAGUAAAGUGUUAGUUUUAAUUCUGCUUUUCUUGUUGUCCAUCUGACUGUAUAGAUUAUGGGUGUAAAAUAUUCAAUGCUUGUGUAAAAAUGCUGUAGUUCUUAUUACUUAAAUGUGAAAAAAUGGAAAGUCUCGUAAGGAAAGUACAGGGUGAUUCAAAAAGAAUACCACAACUUUAAAAAUGUGUAUUUAAUGAAAGAAACAUAAUAUAACCUUCUGUUAUACAUCAUUACAAAGAGUAUUUAAAAAGGUUAUUUUUCUCUCAAAAACAAGUUCAGAGAUGUUCAAUAUGGCCCCCUCCAGACACACGAGCAAUAUCAACCCGAUACUCCAACUCGUUCCACACUCUCUGUAGCAUAUCAGGCGUAACAGUUUGGAUAGCUGCUGUUAUUUCUCGUUUCAAAUCAUAAAUGGUGGCUGGGAGAGUUGGCCGAAACACCAUAUCCUUAACAUACCCCCAUAAGAAAAAAUCGGAGGGGGUAAGAUCAGGGCUUCCUGGAGGCCAGUGAUGAAGUGCUCUGUCACAGGCUGCCUGGCGGCCGAUCCAUCGCCUCGGGUAGUUGACGUUCAGGUUUCAUAACUAACCUUUUUCGUAGGACUCUCCAUACAGUUGAUUGUGGAAUUUGCAGCUCUCUGCGAGUCGAUUUUCCUGGGCUGCGAACAAAUGCUUGCUGGAUGCGUGCUACAUUUUCAUCACUCGUUCUCGGCCGUCCAGAACUUUUCCCUUUGCACAAACACCCAUUCUCUGUAAACUGUUUAUACCAACCUAUCAGGAGGUUUAACACCAUACUUCGUUCGAAAUGCACGCUGAACAACUGUCGUCGAUUCACUUCUGCCGUACUCAAUAACACAAAAGCUUUCUGUUGAGCGAUCGCCAUCUUAGCAUCAACUGACGCUGACGCCUAGUCAACAGCGCCUCAAGCGAACAAAUGUACAACUAAAUGAAACUUUAUAGCUCCCUUAAUUCGCAGACAGAUAGUGCUUAGCUCUGCCUUUUGUCGUUGCAGAGUUUUAAAUUCCUAAAGUUGUGGUAUUCUUUUUGAAUCACCCUGUAUUAUGAAAAUGGUAGAUCACUGCUCACCGUAAGGAAGAAACGUCGAGUUGCAGACAGGCGUGACGAAAAGACUGUUCACGAGAGCUAUUGGGCGUAGCCUUCUUUGGAAUACUUGCACCCCCACCCACAACCCCUUCCCCCGUCUCCCGCCGCUGCUCGUGGCAGCCUCCUCUACCCCCAGAACACUCCACCAGACAGCACAGAGUCCCCAGCUGCGCCCUGCUAUCCCUAAACCUUCCGUGCCCCACUCCAGAUUAUUGCUCCCGUUUGAUGCAUUUCUACAUCCCCAUCUACACUGAUACUCCACAAUCCCCUUACGACGCACGGCAGAGGGUAUCCCGUUCCACUACUAGAUAUUUCCUUUUUUUUUUUUUUCACUUGCAAAUAGAACAAUGUAAAAACUGUCUUCAUGCCUCCACAUGAACCCUAAUUUCUCGUAUCUUAUCUUUGUGACCCUUAUGCGCAGUAUAUGUUGGAGGCUUCAAAUGAAAAUUCUCUAAAUGUUCUCAAUAGUGUUUCUCGAAAACAAUGUCUCCUUCCCUCCAGGGAUUCUCAUUAGAGUUCCCGAAGCAUCUCUAACACUUGCACAUUGUUCGAACCUACCAGUAACGAGUCUAGCAGCCCGCCACUGAAAUGUUUCCACGUCUUACUUUAAUUCGAUGUGGUAGGGAUCCCAAACAGUCGAGCAGUAUUCUAGAAUAGAUUGUACUACGUCCUAUGUGCAGUCGUCUUUACUGAUGUACCACACUUUCCUAGAAUUUGACCAAGAAACUUAAGUUGACCUUUCACCUUUCCUGCCACAAUUCUCACAUGCUCAUACCAUUUCAUAUCGCUUUGCAAUGUUAGGUGCAGGCAUUUAAAUGGCAUGACUGUCAUGCAGGAUGCUUAUCGAAACAUUACAGGUUUGUUUUUCUUUCUUGCCCACAUUAACUUACAUUUUAAUGAUGUGAAUAUAAUAGAGGGAAACAUUCCAUGUGGGAAAAAUAUAUCUAAAAACAAAGAUGAUGUGACUUACCAAACGAAAGCGCUGGCAGGUUGAUACACACACAAACAUACAUAUAAAAUUCAAGCUUUCGCAACCAACGGUUGC